UCUUGAUUUUGCUUGUUGUAGCUCUUGAACGUCUUUGAAUGUGCUUCUCAUCAGCCUUUCUUAAGCAAAAAGACAAGCUGGUCGGACAUUUGCAGGGUUUUAUGUUCCAUGUUAGUUCUUGAACAGAAACAGGUACAGACUUUUUGUUUUAAAUCCUUCCUCACAACCUUCCUUUAGUUGAUGGACGUGAACUUUCCUGAAUUUGGGAAGGCACUGCUUUCCCUAGUUGUAAUAGCACAUUCCAGGAUAGAUGCAAAAAAAUGAGAAAUCUUUUUUUCCCUACUGCUUUACAUUUCUUCCCUGUUACAAGCCAAUUAAUUCUAAUGCUUAGGCUUACACUAGGCUCAUAAUAAGAAAUGAAACUUAGCCACAUUUCUGGGUGGUAGAGAAUGUAUUUUGUAGGGGGAAAAGACCUGUAAACAUGAUCACCUUACCUUUCUUGCUAUAUUGAAGCCACGUUUGUUGCAGCAAAGGAUACAGAAGGAUACAUCUGCUGAAUGUGGGCCCUUGGCUGCUGGAGGGAUGCUCUGCUCUAGUACUGCAGGACAUGGUGUGGAGUGCUGGCAGCAACUCGCUGCCUGAAUGUGACCUUCCUGAGAGGGGAUUCUUGGAACUUCCCAGUACAGGGGGAAAACAACUCAGAAACAUACUUUCUGAUCCUGAUCCAGUGCUUGACUGGGACGUUACGUGUCAAUUCCAAGCACCAGGUGGAAAUGCAACUGCCAGACCUUGUUCCUGAGGAGACAUCUAUCGCCACGUUCCGUAUGACUAAGAAGAGAAAGAAACUCAGCAUUUCUGAAUUUGAGAGAGCAGCAGACAAAAGACUUCCCCAGAACCAAGCUCAGUCAACGUUGGACAGCACUGCUUUGGCUCGAUCUCUUCGCCUGUCUCUUGGUUCCUUGAUCCCACCAGACACUGUUGAAAAGAGAGGCUUGCUCCGGAGGCCAAAAAAUCGCAAAGCUAUUGACAUAGAAGCUUUUGAAGGCGGAGUGGAACAGAACAUGCUGAAAAGAAAAGCACAGAACUAUCUUGUGGACUCAGAAACAGCAUCUGGGAUUCCAACAGCCAUGCUGGCAAGCGAUGCGGAAAUCAUGCUGAGUAACACAGAGCUCUUUGUUCAGCCUCAGUUUGAUGAACAGAGCCACAAUAAGCUUUCUGCUCUUGAACCACAGCUAUCAGAUUCAAAAACUUCAGCACAGACAAGCAAGAUUUCUGAUGCAGCUCAAGAGGAAGCAAGGCUGGUGGGCCUGGUAUCCAGUGUGGGCACAAAUGAGGGAGGAACCCGAAGAUACUCUGCGGACUUAAUCCUUGAUCAUGAGCAUGUUGACGGAAUGACUCAUGUAUCUCCAAAAACACCUGCAAACCAGCAAGAAGAUAAGCAAGAUCAUUCCCCGCGGAGUAACCCAAUGGAACAGCUUUCUGUUUCAGAGGAGGUGGUGGUUGGCACUGCAGAGCAUCGUGCAAGUGCUGGAUAUUCUGAACAUUUGGAGGAGAAACUGACCAAAAAAGCAGAAUCGCAGAUAACUACAGUAGAAGAUGCCAGAGUUAAAACAGAAAUGGCCCCUUCGGAAGAAGAGGGAAUAGCAGAAGGCAGUAUUGAACACCAAGGCUCUCCCGAAGCUGAACGUGAGAUUGCCAAAGGUGUUGGAGCUGGAAGUCUGGGCAGGCAUUCUCAUGCUUUUUCCUCCUCUGAAAAAUCUGGGAUGGAGCCAUUAAAGGAAGCUAUUGAACAAGCAGAUGAACUAGAAGACCAGGUUAUCACGGUAGAAUUGGAUGGUCUGGAAGAAGAGCCUACUGUGAAUGAAACUGAAGACCCUGAGAGUGAAGAGGUUUCCAUGAAGACACCCACGUUUGUCCGUGCUGCAGCCUACAAGCCGCUGCUGUCAACUCCACGUCCUGUAAAACCUGCUUCUCCCAAGUCUCCCCUGCAGCCGCUGCGGGCCAAGCCAAUUCCAAAGAGCUCGGGAGCGACACGGAGGAAAACAAGUAAGCCUGAAGUAGCAAGUAGUUUGAUAAAGAAGAUAUUUAGCCAUUAUGUGAAAAUGCCAGUGGCCAGAGAUGCAUACAAAAUUGUUGAAAAAUGCUGUGAGAGAUACUUCAAGCAGCUAAGCAGCGAUCUGGAAGCUUACACCAACCAUGCAGGGAGGAAGACAGUGGAGAUGGCUGACCUGGAAGUCCUCAUGAGAAGACAAGGGCUGGUGACAGACAAGAUGCCGUUGCAUGUGCUGAUAGAGCGUUACCUCCCUCUGGAGUACAGGAAGCUCCUGAUUCCGGUUGCUGUGAGUGGAAAUAAAGUGUUCCCCUGCAAAUGAACGUGCCCCUCUGGCAGCAGUGGCCCCUGUGGGUGGGAAGACGGCCUGCUCGCAGAGGCUGGCUGGACGCUGUUCAGUGGAACUGCUCUGUGUGAGGGUUUCCCACAAGGAACUAGUGGGGCAAUAAACAGUUGACAUUCUCUUGAACUGACGCAGGCUGUGAUCUGGCUAUCAGGCCAGCCUGCUGGAUCUCACCAACUAUUGUUACAAGUCAUUUGAUGAACCUGAAUUUUUUUAUGUUACCUUUGAAUACUUGUACAGCUCUGAUAAAUAAAAU